ACAUUUGGCGCCACAGACACAACACGGAGGAAGCGCUGUCACUGUAGAAGUGAGAUUGUCCUCUCCGAGUUCGCUUUAAAACGUACAUUUUCACUCUACAUAGCUAUAAACUCAGCUUCAACAUGAAUAACAUGCUGACAAAGGGAGCUAUAGAGGAUUUAACCAAAGGCUCUAAUAAUUUACCGAACCCCAUUCUUCAAUUAGUGAACAUCCGUAAAAUUGAUGGAGGCAGUGGACCAGCCCGCUUUCGUCUGAUGAUGAGUGAUGGACAGCACUCAAUGUCCUCGUUCAUGCUCUCCACCCAACUCAACUCAAUGGCUGAGGACAACCGACUGGCCCCAAACUGUAUCUGUCAGCUGAAGAGGAAUGUGACCAAUGUCCUAAAGGAUGGACGGCAUGUGGUGGUCAUAUUAGACAUGGAGGUGGUGAAGUCUGCUGAUGAGGUGGCUGGAAAGAUCGGAGAGCCCACGCCUUACGUGGAAGGUCAGAGUAAAGCCCCACAGUCAGCCCCCAAUCCCUCAGUCCACCCCCUGCAGCCCCAGAAUGGAAAUUAUGGCACCAUGAACAAAGGUCCCAGCAGGGAGUUUGGGGGGAAGAAGGCCAUGCCUCUGCCUGCAAUGCCCAGCACUCCUGGGGGAUCCUCCAAAGUCGUGCCCAUUGCCAGCCUCAACCCCUACCAGUCAAAGUGGACCAUCCGAGCACGUGUCACCAACAAGAGCGGCAUCCGCACCUGGAGCAACUCUCGUGGGGAUGGCAAGCUGUUCUCUAUGGAGAUUGUGGAUGAAAGUGGAGAGAUCAGAGUGACUGCCUUUACCCAGGAGGUGGACAAGUUCUACAGCAUCAUCGAGACUGGCAAGGUGUUCUACAUCUCCAAGGGAUCACUGAAGAUCGCCAACAAGCAGUACUCGUCCCUGAAGAAUGACUAUGAGAUGACCCUAAAUGGAGAAUCCACCAUCAUCCCCUGUGAGGACACCCAGGACGUACCCAUGGUGCAGUGCAACUUCAUCUCCAUCGCUGACCUGGAGGCCCGAGAAAAGGACGCCAUUUUGGAUGUGAUUGGAGUGUGUAAGAGCGUGGCUGACGUGACCCGCCUCACCACCAAGAACAACCGUGAGGUCUCCAAGAGGACGCUCAACCUGAUGGACCAGUCUGGUAAACUGGUGGAGGUCACCCUGUGGGGAGAGGAGGCAGAGAACUUUGAUGGAUCUGGGCAGCCCAUCUUGGCCAUCAAAGGGGCCAAGCUGUCGGACUAUGGGGGAAGAUCUCUGUCUGCUUCGUUCAGCAGCACCGUCAUGGUCAACCCCGACAUCCCUGAGGCAUACAAGCUGCGGGGCUGGUAUGACAAGGAGGGCCACUCUAUGGAUGGCCAGUCUCUGACGGAGGCGAGGACAGGUGGAGGAGGAGGGAACACCAACUGGAAGACCCUGACUGACAUCAAGACGGAGCACCUCGGACACGGAGACAAGGCAGACUACUUCAGCUGCAUCGCCACCAUAGUGUACAUCCGUAAGGAGAACUGUCUGUACCAGGCGUGCCCUAGUCAGGACUGCAGUAAGAAGGUGGUGGACCAGCAAAACGGCAUGUUCCGCUGUGAGAAGUGUGACAAAGAGUUCCCCAACUUCAAGUACCGACUCAUCCUCUCUGCCAACAUAGCAGACUACGGGGACAACCAGUGGGUGACCUGCUUCCAGGAGAGUGCUGAAGCCAUCCUGGGACAGAACGCUGCUUACCUAGGGCAACUCAAAGACUCGAAUGAAGCUGCCUUCGAGGAGAUCUUUCAGCAGGCCAACUUCCACACGUUCAUCUUCCGCAACAGAGUCAAGCUGGAGACCUACAAUGAACAAAAGGAACAUUUAUUGUGUAACUGGGAGUCUCGUGAGUGCAAACAUCCGAAGAUCAUCACAGGACGAGUCCCGGAUCAAGGCCACGGUGAUGGAGGUGAAACCUGUGGACCACAAGGAGUACAGCAAGAGACUCAUCAUGAACAUCAGGAAGAUGGCUGCCACCCAAUAAGAAGGAUCGCUUUGCCCCUUCGGCUACAUACACGCUCUUUCCUCUGAUCUGUAGCUGCAGCUCUUCCCAACCUGCCAGGCUGACUGUGAACCAGUCUUACGUUCCAUCCCAAAUGGCACCCUAUCCCGUAUGUAGUAGUGCACUACACGGGGAAUUGCGUGCCAUUUCAGACGCAAUCUAAAAUGUCACUCUUCUAUACUUUUUUAUUUUUUUAUUGAGCUGUGUCCAUGUACCGAACUUUGAAUAUGUUUUUUUAUGCUUAAUGUACUGGUAUUUUGUUUUCUUGGACCAACCAGUAAUCUAGAGAGAGUGCUGCUGGGGCAGUAUUAUAUCUGUGUCUUCUGAAACUGCUGACGUUUUGGGUGGUGGAUAAAAUGGAACCACAGAGGGAUUUUGGAGGAGGAGGGCUGGAGACUCAGAUGGGACGGUCUUAACCACAGAAAUCAUUGUUGUGUGGUCUGUCGUAAGUCGGACGUGUGUAUUGUAUAAGUAGAGGGGGUCUGUGCUGUAGCUAGCUCCCACCGUUACUAUGCCUGGCCUGGACCUGCCCAUUCACUCUCACUCACAGAGCAGGCAGACUUCUGGAGAUGCUCUUCACUGUAUUUAUGUAGAUGCAUGGUUGACCUUUUGACAUUAACUUCAUUAUCUCUUAAGUUAAAAUAUUUUGGACAUUUUUCUUUACAUCUAUUAGGUCAGUUGAUUGCAUAAAAAUAAACCUGUUUGUGAUCAAACGCGA